GGGUUCAGGGUUCGGGCGGUGCAAAGUUUUAGGGAUGUGGGGUUUGGAGGUGCGGGGUUUUGGGGACGCAGGGUGCUCCAGCUCAGCCCUCGCUCCCAGUACUCAGUGCUGGGUGCCCCCAGGCCUCCCCUCCUGUCCCCCCACCUCAUCCCAUCCACGUCCCCUCUCACUGCCCCACUCGGUGCGGUGCUGGGGGUCACAGCGGGGUUCCAGCUGCCACCCCACCCCGCUCAGGCUCCGCUACAUGGUGAAGCAGCUGGAGACGGGAGAGGUGAACGUGGAGGAGCUGAAGAGGAACCUGGAGUACACAGCAUCGCUGCUGGAGGCCGUCUACAUCGAUGAGACCAGGCAGAUGCUGGACACGGAGGAUGAGCUGAGGGAGAUGCGCUCGGACGCGGUGCCCUCGGAGGUGCGGGACUGGCUGGCCGCCACCUUCACCCAGCAGGCGCGCGCCAAAGGGCGGCGGGCGGAGGAGAAACCCAAAUUCCGCAGCAUUGUGCACGCAGUGCAGGCCGGCAUCUUCGUGGAGAGGAUGUUCCGCCGGUCGUACACAGCCGUGGGGCCCAGCUACUCCACCUCUGUCCUCAACUGCCUGAAGAGCCUUGACCUGUGGUGUUUCGACGUCUUCGCCCUGCACCGUGUGACGGAGGAGCACUCCCUGCGCACCAUCGUCUACGAGCUCUUCACCCGACACAACCUCAACAGCCGCUUCAAGAUCCCCGCCGUGUUCCUCACCUCGCUGCUGGACGCGCUGGAGGUUGGCUAUGGGAAGUACCGCAACCCCUACCACAAACAGGCGCACGCUGCUGAUGUCACCCAGACCGUCCACUGCUUCCUGCUCCGCACUGGCAUGCUGCACUACCUGACGGAGAUUGAGGUCCUGGCCAUCAUCUUCGCUGCCGCCAUCCACGACUACGAGCACACGGGCACCACCAACAGCUUCCACAUCCAGACCAAGUCAGACUGUGCCAUCCUCUACAACGACCGCUCGGUGCUGGAGAACCACCACAUCAGCGCCGUCUUCCGCAUGAUGCAGGACGACGAGAUGAACAUCUUCGUCAACCUCACCAAGGAUGAAUUCGUGGAGCUGCGGGCUCUGGUCAUCGAGAUGGUCCUGGCCACCGACAUGUCGUGCCACUUCCAGCAGGUGAAAUCCAUGAAGACGGCACUGCAGCAGCUGGAGCGGAUCGACAAAUCCAAGGUGCUGUCGCUGCUGCUGCACGCGGCCGACAUCAGCCACCCCACCAAGCAGUGGACGGUGCACAGCCGCUGGACCAAAGCUCUGAUGGAGGAGUUCUUCAGGCAGGGGGACAAGGAGGCUGAGCUGGGGCUGCCCUUCUCGCCCCUCUGCGACCGCACCUCCACGCUGGUGGCCCAGUCCCAGAUCGGUUUCAUUGACUUCAUCGUGGAGCCCACUUUCUCUGUGCUGACCGACGUGGCCGAGAAGAUGGUGCUGCCCCAAAACGAGGAUGGUUCCAAAGCCAAGGGCAACCCGGCGGGCGGCCAGCAGGCCAGCUCCCAGUGGCGACAGACAUCCCUGGAUGAACACCUGGAGCUUGGGGACAUCAAGGCUGACCUGGCCAGCUUCCGUUCCACCUGGACCAAAUACAUCCAGGAGAACAAGCAGAAGUGGAAGGAGAGGGCGGCCAGCGGCAUCACCAACCAAGCGUCCAUCGAGGAGCUGCCACCCUACGAGGAGGAGCCCCCCGUGCCCCCCACCCAGCACAAGCACAAUGGCGAGGUGGAAUAGCACACGGCCGAGGUCCUCAUCCAACCCAGUGAUGCCGUUCAGUCCAAAGUCUUUGAUGCCAUCGACUUCAGCACCAUUCGCAGGGAAGGAGCCGCCGGGGUCCGUGCCAAGAGCAUCCCCCGAUGGCAGCGCCGGGUCCUGGGGGGCCGGGACCCCUGGGAUUUCCUCCCAUCCUGUGCCAAACCGUCCGCCAAGCCGUGCGGUGCUGAUCCACGGGUGAUGGUGAUGCUGAGCCUCUCACUGCCGCGCCGGAGGGAUUUGUCCUUAUGGCUUUUUAGAAAUCUGCUUCUCGCCCCGCAGGGGAUCCAGGUGUUGGGGAAGGGGGUGGUGGCACCGCGGGGGAGGCAGGGGACCGAAGGAUGGAGGAACUGUAAGGGGUUUGUUGUCACUUCGGGCCCCUCUUUUUCUUGCUGGGUCUGUGCUCACGCUGCUGGGUGUCCCCAGGUGUCCCCCUGUGCCGUCCCCAUCCCGUCCCACCUGCUUGGAGAUGGCAGAUGCUGAGAUCUGUCCCUAUCUUGAGCAUCUCCGGUGUGGGGUGGCUUCUGAGUUAUGGCUCUCCUGGGUUGGGGACCCUCCUCUGUGGGGCCCGGACCCAGGGAAACCCCAAGGCCAGGGAGCUGGGGCCAGCCGAGGGGGGGGACAAAGUUGGUACCCACAGUGGCCCUGAGGUUCUUCCAGCACCCCCAGUUCUGUGCCUACAGCCCCUAUGGCUGCAGUGUGCCGCAUGCACUGCUGCCCCUGGUGGAUUUCCAGUCCCCCAACCCUGCUCCAAAACACCCCCAGGAGACCCCGCUCCCUCCGGCAUCCUGGCACCGGCGUGCUUCAGCAUCCUCCAGCUUCCCAAGCUCUGGCGUGCUCGAGCAUCCUCUGCAUCUGGGUUCCACUGUGCUCGAGAAUCUCCAGCAUCCUGGCUCCAAAGUGCUCCAGAACCCCAAACUGGUGCCCUCCAGAACCUGACUUGGAGUGCUGCAGCAUCUCCAGCAUCCUGGCUCCAAAGUGCUCGAGAAUCUCCAGCAUCCUGGCUCCAAAGUGCUCCAGAACCCCAAACCGAUGCCCUCCAGAACCCGACUUGAAGCAUUCCAGCAUCUCCAGCAUCCUGGCUCCACUGUGCUCGAGAAUCUCCAGCAUCCCGGCUCCAAAGUGCUCCAGAACCCCAAACUGGUGCCCUCCAGAACCCGACUUGGAGCACUCCAGCACCUCCAGCAUCCUGGCUCCAGUGUGCUUGAGAAUCUCCAGCAUCCUGGCUCCAAAGUGCUCCAGAACCCCAAACCGAUGCCCUCCAGCAUCUCCAGCAUCCUGGCUCCACUGUGCUCGAGAAUCUCCAGCAUCUUGGCUCCAAAGUGCUCCAGAACCCCAAACCGAUGCCCUCCAGCAUCUCCAGCAUCCUGUCUCCGACCUCCUCCAGAACCCCAAACUGGAGCUCUCCAGCCCCCCCCCGCACCCCCUUCAGCUCCAUUUUACCCCAGCACCCCCAAAAUCUCCAACAACCCGGAGCAUCUUCCAGCUCCGUCGUCCUUCCCCCUUCUGUGGUGCCUGGAUCUCCCCACGGCUCCGGCCCGGCCCUGUACAUAGCCCAGCACACAGCUGUGUGUCUUUGUACUUUUCUACCAUGCGGUCACGUCGUGCCUCCAUCACUGCUGGCACAGCUCCGCCUCGCGCCCGCCCGCACACGCAUGUGAAAUCAAGAGCAGCUGCUAACGAGCAAUUAAUAAACCGUACGCCACCGCCA